UGCCCCACUCUCUCUCUCUCUCUCUCUCUCUCUCACGCCAUCGCUAUCCCAUCUCUCCUCCACCAACCUCUCCUCCUCCAUUUAGACCCCCUUGCUCGCCACCUCCCACAACCAGAUCGAAGAAGCAGAGCGAGAAGGUAGGAGAUCCCUCCUGCCCGGCCAAGGAACAAUACAUCCCCAGGAACAAUCAAUGGCCGGCUUUGAGGGCGUUGUCGUCUCCGAUCCAUGGCUCCAGAACCAGUUCACCCAGGUCGAGCUCCGUUCCCUCAAAUCCCAGUUCCUUGCGAGCGGCGGAGGACGAGGGUCCCUCACCCUCCGCGAUCUAUCGGCCACCAUGUCGAGGCUCAAGAUCGCCGGCGACUGCCUUACCGAGGACGAGCGGGCUGCCUUCCUGAGAGAGUCCUAUCCCGACCUCGACCAUCAUGUCGACUUCGAGCUCUUCCUUCGGGUGUAUCUGAAGAUGCAAGGGCGGGUUGGUGCCAAGAACUCAUCAUCGGCCUUCCUCAAGGCCGCCACCACCACUCUGCUCCACACCAUCAGUGAGUCCGAGAAAGCCUCCUACGUCUCCCAUAUCAAUAACUACCUUGGCGAGGAUCCCUUCCUCAAGAAGUACCUUCCCAUCGAUCCGACGACCGAUGAUCUGUUCGAGAUAGCCAAGGAUGGCGUUCUCCUCUGUAAACUUAUCAAUUUGGCUGUCCCCGGGACCAUCGACGAGCGGGUGAUCAACACGAAGAGAGUGCUGAACCUGUGGGAAAAGAACGAGAACCUUAUGCUGUUUCUUAAUUCAGCCAAGGCCAUUGGGUGUACCGUGGUUAAUAUUGGAACGCAGGACCUAGCUGAAGGGAGG